AUGAGUAUACGUACUAACCGAGACACUGUACACCAUCCAGAUUGCGCUUCUCCGUCGCUUUCUUUCAGCGGUCUGUUUCCGGCAGUACCGGAAGUUUCUACUACCGUUGGGGUGGGAUAUACGCUGGCCACAUAUGAGGUCACAAACGUUAAAUCUGUUAGCGUGAAUCCCGCGGAUGAUGAUAAGCCGGUAUAUAUUGACGCCACGAUUGGCGAUGGAAAGCUUAUCAUCACGACGAACGAACAGUUCACCCGCUUCGAAGAGCUCGAUAGUUACGCGUACUUUUUCAAUAUCGUCGUUUUCCUGUGCGAGUCUGGGACGGUACGGCAGAUGAGCUUCAGGCAGAACAUCAAGGAGGAGAACAAUCACCAGCCACAAUUUAGCCAAGGAGUGUACGACAUCAAGGUUCCGCUGCCGCUCCCGCGGGACUUUGACAUACAGUUGUUUGCAGACUACGGCAACCGGAUAGUGGCCUAUGAUAAGGAUAUAACAAAGAAUAAGAUAACGUUCACGAUCGAUGAGAAUGAUUACUUCACCGUGUCCUCCAGUGCUGGGUCUUCUCGGGCAGAGUUCGUUGCGCAGGUCAAAACGAAACACGCCUUAACGAAGAUUACGCAGCCAAUAACGCUGCAAAUUUCCGCACAGGACGAGUGGGUUCCACCAUUGACAGGAUACGCCCGGUUAACAGUGUCCAGUGAUCCAGUCAACGAAUUCGUCGUACCACCAGAGUUUGGACAAAGUCUGUAUAAAACGGAACACAAGAUAGGAGAUACAUUUGAUGCUCGUUAUGUCAGCUUACUGCCCGGUACCUACGAUUCGACGGUACAGUAUCAAGUGAUCGGUGACGACGGAGUUUUUUUCCUUCUCAAUGCCAGCUUCGAUCGACAAACAGCUGCCGUGUCGUUACGCCCAGGUGCAGAGAUUGCGGAAGGAGGAAAGCGAAUUCUCACCACCGUCAUCGAAGCUAGCAGGACGGGGGCCGAAAAUGUCGGUCGAACGGCGUUUGUCGUUGAAGUGACGAGCGUGGCGCCCGUCGACUUUGAAGAGUCUCUCUACACCGGUUCCAUUGCGGUGAGCAAGGAAAUAACCCUCGUCAAACCGAUUAGCAUCAAACCGGAGACUGGCGACGACAGUGUAAAAGUGGCGCUCGCCGGAGAGGAUGCCAAAUAUUUCACCGCCACCCUCAGUAACAACCGGGUGACGAUUAGGACCUCUGAGUCACUUUCGGACGAAGUAAUCGCAACGAACAGUUUCUUUCUGCUAACCGUUCAGGCCGAGAAAGCUAACGCGGCCAUAAGCGAAACGCUGCUGGUGUUGUCGAUCGUGAAACCCGACACGAAGAUACCUCAAUUUGAACGGUCCGUAUACGAAGGAACUUUCGCCGCCUCUACCGGGGUCCUGGAGCUUCCGGUAAUCAAAAUUUCGUCAGACAGCUACGUGGAAGGGUUGACGUUUAGCUACCGGGGCGAUGUGGAUCUCUUCACCGUGCGAACUGCGGAAGGGACAGUUAGUAUUGUGCCGAACAAUAUCACCCCGGAGAAGUUGGCAGGCAAAGCGUACCUUAUUUUAACGAUCGUUUGUACCUUGGACGGUGCAGAAGUGUCACAUGCGGUUGCGAUCAUGAGCGUCGCACGUCCCGUGUCCGUGUUGCCAAAGUUUGCGAGCAACUUUCUGCAAGGCACGUUGGAUGAGAACACGCUGGCACUGAGCGUUGCGAAUGUCGAGAUUCUGUCAGAGUCCUUUUCCGGUGACACCGUUGUUAGCUUGAUCGAUGAACGAGGCUUGUUCGAGAUUUGGCCUUACAUCCCGGACAAUGUGUUCAAGGUGUACUUGAAGGGCACGGUGACCAGUGAAUCGCUCCGUGGCACCACGCACGUGCUGUUGACCGUGGAGGCACAGAAUCCCAACUCGGACAAGGCCUAUUGUAUGAUCUCCGUAGAUAUCGUCCAGAUCAAGGCGCCGGUGUUCGAGCGGCUAAUCUACGACGCACUAAUCGAUGAGUCCACCAGGCAAUUACAGGAACCACUGAUAGUGAAGCUCCGGAUCGAGACGGCCGACGAAAGUGUGCAGUUUUCGUUGGAUGGAACGGAUUCUCUGUACUUCACCUUGAAACCUGUCAAUUCGCCUGUGGACGGUACAGAACUCAUCCUGAAGGAGCCUUUGAGUGACACGGAUUUGGAGACUCGCGAUCACUUUCAGUUCACCGUCAGGGCAACGAAGCCCCGCUCGACGGGUGAUGCGGCCGCCCCUGUCGUUGUGUACAUCAAAAGGUUGUUCGUUAAAUAUCCACGAUUUGUAAAACCUGUCUACAAGUCGCGGAUAUCGAAGGAUAUGCAGCUGAUCGCCUUCGAAAACAUCAGUCUCGAGCCAGGAAGCUUUGUGGAGACAGCCACAGUGUCGAUACGAGACAGCAACACAGACCUGUUCGGAGUGCAGAUGCUUGAGGGAACGGUGACAAUACGGUUACUGAAGGAAAUCUCACCCACCGAUCUGAACGCUAUAGAACACAUUGAAUUCGUUGUGGAAUGUAAAAAUCCGGAAAUGGCCUCAGGAUUUACUACCAUUAUCGUGGAUAUUGAGCGUGUCCCGAGCCCCGAAUUCACACAGUUGCAGUACAAUGGAGAACUGAAGGAAGGCGCCAACGAUAUCCGAUUCAGUCUGCCGAUGUCGCUCACACCGGAAACGGUUGACAGCAACAUACGAUACACCGUGGAAGGAACGGAUGCUUCGUUAGUUCGGUUCGUGGAAUCGGCCGAUCGGAGUCUCGUUUGGUACCUCCGCGAUAACGUUUCCGUCGAGCAAGUGAAAGCACGAUCCGAAAUAUACUUCCUCGUGGUUGCCGUGAAUCCUUCAAACACCCGGCAGCAGCCGGCAUCUGUUGCUUCCUGUUUGGUGAAAAUUUCGCACCCUGUCAACCCGAUCUUCACACGUCCUUCGUACGAAGGAAGCCUCGUCGAAGGGCAACAGUCAGUAGAAUUUACAGAAGAACCAAUCACGCUGGAGAGGGCAAGUGUGCUGGAGACCACCGAAGUGACGAUUAAAGAUUCAACCUUCUUCGAAGCAACGAUCGCCGAUGAUCGUAGCACCGUGCGAGUCCAAUUAAAGGCCGGCGUAAAGUGGGAUCAAAUUCGUUCACAAGUCUACUUUAGCCUGGCGCUGCAAGCCUCUAACGCUGAAUCCGAUCUCGCAGAGGCCCACUUGUUGGUGAAAGUAGUAAACGCCCCGGCAGUAACGCCCGUUUUUACGAAGCCGAUCUAUCGGGGAUCUCUGCAAGAGGGUACAAAGGUCGUUGUGUUUUCGGCCGCCGAUGUAAUUGCUGUAGAUCCCGCCACGAUAAUGGACACGUUUCAGUUCUCCGCCACCGAAAACGAUGCCGAGCUGUUUGACUUGGCGUUCACAGAAGAGAACAUAUUCAAAGUGGCGUUGCGUGAGGACAUCGCACCAACGGCCAUCGAAGGGCGCGAUCUACUGAGCUUCGUCAUAACCAUCAACAACGCCUACAGUGCCGGCGAUUCGGCGACUGUUUUGAUAACCAUUAAACUUGACGACAUAAUCAGCCCGAUGUUUUCGCAAUUGUUUUACAACGGAACCAUUACCGCUGACGGUAACGAGCUCCAGUUGCACCAAGCGAUCGUCUUAAACGCGGGUACCUUUAGUGAAAACACUGACGUUGGUCUCGGAGGGCCCGAUGCACAAUAUUUCACCGUCUCACGCCAAGGAGCUACCGUUGAGAUGAAACUGAGGGCCCCUUUCAAUGGGGAACCUACCGGAACGAGCCAUCUUAAUGCGUACGUUCAGGCGACGAAUCCUGGGAGCGAUACGGCAACGGCAUUCAUCGCGAUUGAUGUUCAGAGCGUAGAGCCACCACAGUUCGUGCAAACGGCAGCGUAUGGAAUCCUAGCGGAAGGUUCACGUACCGUCACGUUCCCGGACGGAUUGGAAGUGAAAAUCGUGCUCUCCAGCACUGAAGCCGGAUUCCAGUGGAACUUGGCGGACGACGAUUACGAGCUGUUCGAUGCCGUUUUAGUAGACGAUCUCUUCCAGUUCACCUUAAAGGCCGGCGUGACGGACGAGCAGCUUGGGGCCACGACUUUGCUGACGUUUGGGGUGAGGCUUAAAAAUCCUACAAGUGACCCAGUCUUGUCCAGGGUCGUGAUUAGUCGCAAAAUACCGGCACCGGCGUUCACCCAAUCAGUUUACAGUGGAUCGUUCACUGACGACCUCAGCCCUGUGCUCUCCGAUGCGAUCGCGAUAUCCGAGCACACUUUCUUCGAUGGAGUUAGCGUAGUGAUGAAGGAAUCGAACGUAGACUUUCUUGCACUCGAACAAAACGGUCGUUACGUGCGAUUGCGACUGUUAAGCCCGAUCACCAUUGCGGACUUUGAAGGACUAGAGACGGUUCAUCUAUUGAUUGAAGCUCGAGCAGGUGAAGGCAGUACCGGAUCUUGUUCGGUCGUGCUAUCAGUUCCGGAAGGAACACCCUGCAUUCCAUUGCCACCCAUCGUGGAUUGCACGAGUUGUUACAAUUGCAGCACCAGCGGAGUGCUAGGUGAUGUACCCGUGUUCGAAUACGGCAGUUUUCGGUUCCAGCUGAGGGGCGAUACAAGCGGUGCGAUCGGAUCCGUUAGAGCUACGGUGAAGGAUCCGUUGGCCGCAGUCGAUCAUCAACUUAUUACUGAUGAUGCGUAUCUAAAAACGUACCUCACAAUAAGCGCUGAGGGGACACUACGCUUGCUAUGGCCAAUUGCCCCCGGUGAGUAUCAGUUCUCUGUUCGCGCUCUUAACAGAGCAGCAGGAAAGCAAUCUUCCGUUGGGGUCAUGCUGGAUGCUCUCAGUGAGUUCGAGUGUACGGAGCAGGGCAUUAAAAUGCCAACCGUGGACAAAACCUUGGUCGUGUUGCAUCUGGACGAAGAAAGGCCACACCCGACCAUCUUCCUAGUGGGGUUAAACGUGUGUGAGUACGAAGUUUUGAGCCAAAGCCCAUCAAAUGAUUCCUGGCCAUAUUUUUACAUCGACCCGGAGACUGGCUGGCUGGCGUCACGUAGUUUCGAUCGAGAGGAUCACAACCUGUUCGCCGGUAUGGAGGUGCCCCAGUUUCAAUUGCGCUUGAAAUUGGUGUGUGGAAGCGAAACGUUAUCCCGCGCCAAACGAUCGCUCAUCGAGACGGACACCAUCAACUACGCACCGGACAUGACGAUAAUUAGUGUUGUGGUCGACGAUAUAAACGAUAACGAUCCACGCUUCGUUCAGCCAGCGAUCGCACCCGAAGCAACGGCCGUUGUCCAUCUAGCGUUUCCUGAGCCAGCAUUGGCCGCCAGACUAAUGUUACCGUACCUAACCAUUUUGGAGGCGACCGAUGUGGAUGAAGGGCUGAAUGCGAAAAUUCGAUACAGUUUAGCGGAAAACGAUCAGUUCGUGGUCGAACCGGGCAGUGGUGUGAUAUUUCCAGCCCGCAAUGCUCUGAGAGAGGAAACACGUGUUGAACUCACUGCCAUUGCUACGGAUCGCGAUGGGGAAGCCGAUGGACGGAGUGCAAAACUGUCGCUGAGCGUACAACGGUUGGAAGUGAAUCAAAUCGCCAUCGUCACGCUAGAGACUGCCGAGCAGGACGCGGUGAGUGGCUUCAUCGAACAAAUCAAUGGGCAAGAAAAUUUCCGCCUUGCAGUACUGCACCAAGCGUACAUACCGUCGACUGAUCGUGUUGUGGGACGAGAGGAGCAAAAUGGGGUACAAAUGCUCGAUCAACACCGUACGGUGCGAUUGGUGGUCUAUGCAAUGGACAACAGUAAUGAACUGUUGCAUGAAGACGUUAUUCGAAGAGCGAUUCUGGAAGCAGUUCCCAAUCUGGAGGCAUCGGCAAUUGUGUCCGUCAACGAAGUCUUGUGCUCCGAACACGAGAAUGCAUGUGCAGAAAAUCUACGGCACCAGUCAAGUCACAGCGGACUGAUCGCGUCCACUUCCGUUUUGGGCGCGCUGUUACUUAUCUGCUUGGCAGUCGGUAGCGUGCUGUACUUCAGGUACGUGCGACCACUGUCUAACGCGGGCAACAAUGUAUCCGAUCUUGAGCAGUUGGAGAGUGACUUCGAUCCCAGCCCUCCACCAACUCCACCGUCAUUGGGAAUUCCCAAAGGGAACAAUUUGGAGCCAGCGACUCUGGAGGAUCGUAAAAUAUCCAUCAACAUCUCCGGUAUCACCAUGCAAGAUUCAGAGGACAACUUCGUAGCAGGCAAUCGGCUAGCGCGUGCUUUGGACGACCGAUUAAAUGAAGAAGAUGAACAUAACGUUACACCUGGGACGCAAUCGACGAGUGUUCGGGAAGUUGGUAGCGAACCUAAAAACGUAAAAUUCAAUGAACUGGUUGAACGAAUCGAGGUGCAGGAGCAUCGCAGUGACGAUGACGACGACUCGGUGUACCAUGCCAGAUUGUAAAAAACGCCUUUACGGCAAAUGAAAUGUAUUCUCGACUUUACAACUUCGUAAGGGCAAUUACGCAUUUAAGCAAUAUGGAAUAAAAACUCAACCAGCGUAGAG